ACGCAGGGACUUUUAUUAUUCCCGGUCAGAUGCAUAUUCUGAAAGAUGAGAUGAAGAAGAAGAUGUCACUUUUUUAAUAUUCACGUUUUAGUUGGUCUCGAGCUCGGUGUGUUUGUACACGUGUACAGGACUCAGAUUUGUUCUGGGUUAAAGUGAAGAAAUAAAUCCAGGAAGAUGAUGGAAGAGAGUGGAAUUGAGACUACGCCUCCUGGGAGCCCUUCACCUCCUCCCUCUGAGGGUGCUGCAGUCAGCAGCCCCCCCAUGUCCGCAGGUCUGUCCAGUCCUCCAUCCCUCCCUGUCACCAGCUCCAUCUCCUCCUCCGCCUCCCCCGCCAUGCCCUCCCUCCCCCCUGGCCCCUCCCUCUCAGCAUUCAGCAGCCCUCUCCCCCCUGGCCCCUCCCUCUCAGCAUUCAGCAGCCCUCCCCUCUCCCACUUCCCCCCUCCCUCCUCACUCUCCUCCCCGUUCACCAGCAGCUCUCCUUUUCCCGCCUCCCCCUCUGUGCCUCCUCUGGCCUCCUCCUUCGGACCUCCUCCCCUCAUGGCCACCGGCAUGUCGCCCCCCCCUGUGGGCCAGAUGAUGUCGGGCUUCUCCAUGAGUGCAGGAUAUGACAUCACACGGGGGCACGCUGGGCGGACCCCACAGACGCCGCUGAUGCCGACGUUCUCCAGUCCGACCGCCAUGCCAGGUGUUGUUUCAAACCCCCUCGUUCAGCAGCCUGUCAUGACAGGAGGGAUAGAAGCUGGAUCUCCCAUCACGUUCCCAGAGGAGCAGGAAGAUCCCCGAGCAUCUGCAGACGCCAACGCAGGAGGAGGAAUCUGGGGCUUCUUCAAGGGGGUCGCAGGUAACCACGUCGUGAAGUCGGUCCUGGACAAAACCAAACACUCAGUGGAGUCCAUGAUCACCACGCUGGACCCCGGCAUGGCCCCCUACAUGCGGUCCGGAGGAGACGUGGACAUCGUGGUGACCUCAGAUAAAGAGAUGAUCGUAGCGGCGGUCAGAGACGCCUUCCAGGAGGUGUUUGGGAUGGCCAUGGUGACCGGAGAGCCCGGUCAGUCCAACAUCGCCCCCCAGCCUGUGGGAUACGCCGCCGGAGUCAAGGGGGCUCAGGAGCGCAUUGACAGCCUGCGUCGGGCCGGUGUGAUCCACGAGAAGCAGCCGGUGGUCUCUCUGGAAAACUUCAUCGCUGAGCUGUUUCCUGACAAGUGGUUCGAUUUGGGCUGUCUGAUCCUGGAGGACCCGGGUCACAACAUCCGCAUCGAGGUCUUCACUCAGGCGACUCCUGUGGCUCUGGAUCACAUCCAACAGGCCCAGUCCUUGACCCCCCCUGAUUACAGCCUGCGCUGGUCGGGUCUGAUCGUGACGGUGGGCGAGGUUUUGGAGCGCUGCGUUCCCAACAUCAACAGGACGGACUGGCACCAGGCGAUGACGGGGAUGAGCCAGCGUUACAUGAUCCAGAGCGCCGCCAAAGCUCUCGCCGGUCUCUACAAACAGCAGCUGCCCCCCAGGACUAUGUGAGGCUGACGGUCCCAGUUUGUGUCUCAUACUGGGAGGAGGAGGAACCAGCUGAUUGGACAGUGAGGUUUUCUCGUAGCUCCUCAUCCGUCCUCUGAAAAACCAAACAAGCGACUAAGAUCCAACGAGUCGGCAGGAUUUCACUGAGAGACCAGUCAGCCGAUCGUCCUCGUUUAAAGAUUAUUACUCAUCAUGGACAUUAAUCUGAAAAACCUUAACACACGUGUGGAAACAUUUUGUUCUCUUUCGUUGCUCAGACGUCUUGGCUUGUGUCCCGGUUGUUUUCUGUGAACUGGAAGCUGCACAGAUUCCCUCCCACCUUUUCACAAAAUGAAGAAGUUCUGGAAAAUAAAAGAUACCUGAACGUAUUUUAAUCUGCAUAAAAUUCAAAUUGUGGAAGAGCCGGAAAGCACCAGACAAAGAAAUACACAAAAUGUUGGCCGUUCUUUAUUCCUCUGAAUUGAUAUUCUUUUUUAUUUCGCCGUCUUUAACUUCAGAUUGAAGAGUCUCCCGAUGCUGACGGUAGUGUUGUAGUACAUGAAAUUAGUCUUGGACUCAAGAGCGUUCUCCAGACCACUUUUUGAAGGUCUGGUCUUGUAAUCAAAAGCAUUUUGACUCGGUCUUGUCUCGGUAUCAGACUGGGCGGACUCUGGAUUUUAAAUCAAGACCACCACUGAUCGGCUAUUUCUCCACGUCAUUACUGUGAUUAGAAGAGAAUGAACGUCAAGAGAUUCAUAAUUUGCGUUUUAUCCUCCGGUUUUCAAAGACUGACACGCCCACUGCACACAAGAUGAUGAUUUUUCUGUGAUAUUUAUGGUCUUGGUCUUGGUCUUGACUCGGUCUCGAUCCCUAAAUGUCUUGGUCUCGGUCUUGGAGCACUCUGGUUUCGGGUAUGUCUUGGUCUCGGUUACUGUGGUCUUGACUACAACACUACCUGACGGCGAGAAGAAGCCAUGCAGUGUGUGAGUUUAUAAACACACAGCUAUAAGGCUUCAUGGUUAAUCAGAUAUUUAAUGAAUCUUUACAAUUUCAAAAAAUCUGUUUGUGAGACAGAAGAAAGAUUGAAAGAACACUUUUCAAACACAGAGCAGCUCAAAGUUAAAAUAACAACAUUAAGUUUAAACAUUAAAGUCAGGGUUGGUAAUUUCCUCCAGAUCCACUUUUUAAGAUUCUGGUUAAAAUUAUCUUUAGAUCCUGACAGAAAUUAAUAACUCAUGUUCUCUGAAAAGGGAACAAAGAAAAUCCAUCAUCUGUAUCAGUUGUAAGUCUGUGAAAACUUCAACCAAUGUCUGCCACGAGGUACCAAUCUGAUGAACCAAUCACAAGCCUCCCUGUCUCCCUGCUUGCUCUCUACCUCUUGCGUGCACUAGAAUGCUACUUUCAAAAUCAUGCUAGUUUUCAAAAAUGACCAACCCUGCCUUUAAUGCUGAACCUUUGAAACCAAACAAAAAAAAAACCUUUAUAAAUAAUUAACCAGAUAAAAUAACGCUCCACUCCUCGCCUAGUUGCUUUAAUUAUUGCUAUACUGUGUGUGUUUUUUUUUUUUAAGUAUGCAGGCCACAUUCAACCUUUAUAAAGACUGAAGUUGUGCAUCAUCCCGCACAUUCAGGUUACGUUAAAUCUUUAAACCAUUGACUCAGUUUGCAGCUGGGACACAGUCCAGACCGUCAGUGGAUCACAUGAGAUUUUAUUAUUUUGUAUUUUAGUUUAAAAAAAGAAAUCAUUGCUUCACGUUUGUUGAUUCCUGUUUGUUUUAUUACUAAAUGAUUGCCAACUUUUUCUCUUUUUUUUAAACUCGCAGCUUUGAGUUCAUGUAGCAGGAUGCUAACAGUAGCUUGUUGUUUAUGUUUGAUUGGAAGGAACUUUUUCUGUUGUUUAGUCUCCUUUAAAUGUGCCUUUUUACACAAAUAAAAUAAAUCACUGUCUAAUGCUGCUUUCUAUCAAGGACACAGAGUUUUGUUUUUGCCAAUAAAGGUGAGUCUUUGUCGUA